AUGGCAUCACGGCCUUCGCGUCCACGCGCGGGGAAAAAGACUGCUAGGCCUCAGGCUCAAGAGCCUCCUUCGCGAGAGAUCCCAGCAGAACCGACAACUCUAACCUACACUCUGGCCAGAUUCAACCAGAUGCUUUCCCUUCUUGUCCAAGACGCUGCAAGACACCAGCGUUUUGAGGCCUACCUAUACCCCCUCUACAACCACAUCGCCACGAUCCAGUCAAUGACCCUCGAACUGCCACCGACAGAUGAUGCCGGGCCAUACCUCGGCGCUUUCUUGGCCCCUCAGCCCUUAUUGGGUUUCAACCUCGCCGAGAAUGAGGCGGCUCCCCAGGAUCCUGACUCUGACUCGGAGGAGGCCCCCACAGUUACCACUGCUGCCAGAGAAGCCGCACAAUCUGGCAAACUCAUUGGGGAUUUCGCUCGUGUCCUCGGUCUAGCGGUGAAUCCCGAUGAACUUUCCUCGAAGCACCGACACCAUUUCCCCUUCUCGCGUCAGAUCAUCGACAUCUGGGAGCUGAAGCGCCAGUAUCCAGUCUCCAGUUGGUUUUCCAAGCAGGCCCGGGCAGACGCGGAAGCGGUGAUGAAAACUUCCUUCGAGCAAGUCUAUAAUCAAGCCAUGAUCGAAUUCCUCCACAACCCUGAUCUCAAUCAACUCUAUUCUUUCUUGAUUGUCGGCGGUCAGUUCGCACAACUCCUCUGGGAGCGACCCGAAGAUCUGGACGAGGAUACGUAUGUGAAGGGAUUGAAGGAAAUCCCAAUCCCUCCCGAUGCCUCGACCCUAGCGGAAGAAGCGCUCAGCUUGUUUCGCGUACGGCUCGAAGAGCAACUUUCGAUCUUCCGUACUCGAGCGCUUCCUCAGGUGCUAUACGCCAACGAGCCCGUCUUCGUUGUUUCGAAAUCCGAAAAAUCCCGAUGGCACAAUAAGAAAACCAAGAUGUUGUCAGCUCACUACCAGGCGGUUACGCUUUCACCCGCGUUCCUCCAAGCUCUGGAGUACCCGCUCGUUGCGCGGUUCAAAUCACUUCGACGUACUUGCGACCUCUUUGCUCCACCGGGUGGGUUUGUCAACACUAACCCUCCCCCGGGAACCAGGCGCGGGUAUCUACCACAAUUUUUCAACAUGCUCCAGAAGAACAUUCGAAACAAGCCCAUCCAGAGAUUGACUGAGAGGUUGAAGGCUGCAGGAUUCGUAGAACGACAACUAGAAGCUGGAGAAGCUGGCACGGAGGACGGGACCUCUAGCGCGUGGGAGCCUGCCCCGCACUCUCAGGCGAGCAACUCCUCCACCGAUACACGAGCGACCAACGACUACGUCCCGUCAGAUGACGUCUCGUCAGAGUCCAUAUCGUCAGAAUCCGUCUCGUCAGAUUCGGAGUCGGUGGGGGCUACGCCAGCGGGGAGACGGCCGAAGUAUGGACAACAGCGCAGUGGUUUUGUUCGGGCCCGCAAGUCAGCGAUUAACUUGAAGAGGUGA